UUCAGUGUGUUAUCCAAACCCGAGAUGUCAACCUGAAUCCCCCAUAUUGCUCAUCUGUGUGCUUAGCUCCGGGACGACCUUGGAGCACCUGGCCAUUGUUCUUUUACCGAGCUUUUCGAGCAUCUCCAAAGUUGCCAGGCUGUGGAAGUUUGCUCUCGAGAAGCGAUGGUGAAAGUCAACCAAAUGGCGGUGCUCCAGGUGGCCACUAUAACAUUAGUGGUCCUCGGAAGCCUUGUGCAAGUGGCAAAAGCUGUGAAUGCGUGGGACGUCACAACCUGGACUCCCUCGCACGCAACAUUCUAUGGGGACGAUUCGGGUGCGGCCACCAUGGGUGGCGCAUGCGGGUAUGGAAACCUGUGGUGGCGCGGAUAUGGACUGGCGACGGCUGCUUUGAGCGAUACUCUCUUGAAUAAUGGCCUGACUUGCGGGGCUUGCUUCGAGAUAAAGUGUAAUAUAACCGGGGGUGAAUCAGGAAAAUGGUGCAUUCAGAGCAACCCUUCCAUCAAAAUUACGGCUACCAAUCAAUGUCCUCCGAAUUUCGACCGACCGACCGACAACGGAGGAUGGUGCAACCCACCGAGAACUCACUUCGACUUAUCCCUCAACAUGUUCAGACGUCUCGCUCAGACUCAAGCAGGCAUCAUUCCCAUUUCAUACAGGAGAACGAGGUGCAUCAAGACAGGCGGAAUCAGAUUUUAUCUAGGCGGGAAUGCGCAUUUCAACCUCGUGCUGGUGUACAACGUAGGCGGAUGGGGUGAUGUGAUGAAGAUGCAGAUGAGAGGAACGAAGACCGGAUGGAUCACGAUGAAGAGAAACUGGGGCCAAAACUGGGAAAGCUCGAUCAACUACACGGGCCAGAGUCUUUCAUUCAUCGUGACCCUGGGAAAUGGUCAGGUCCGCGUUAUCAGAAAUCUCACUCCAACAGUAUGGUACUUCAAGCAAACCUACGAAGCGGACACGAACUUCUGAUCUCGGACCUCGUGACCACCAGACUCAUCACCUUCAAGAUCAUUCGUGGAAUGUACAGAUAAUCGGCCACCAUUGAUUCCAUUCAUUGACCAUUGAUCCUAUUUGCUCCAAAUAAAGACUUGCAGCAUUUGCGAGCCUUAGGUACUUCAUUAUUCAGUACGUCACAUGAACAAUGCUCAGCAGAUCCGGCCGAUGAGACCAAAUACCGAAAACUAGUCUUUGUUGAGACAAGCUCCAUGAGGACAUGGCAGGCAGGCUGCCGGAAGUUAGCUCGAAUCCACUAGCACGACAUAGAACGAUAGGAUCUUGAAGUGAACUUCUCUGUCGUACUGCUGUGAGCUGGUCCGGUUUCAGAGGCGUUAGAUUAGCUCGUAGACUCCGAGUUCCAAGUAGCAGGACCCAGAAGCUAGAUUGCGCUCGACCUCUUCCAUCUUCGUUACGAGUAUCGAGUUCGAAUGCAUGCCUUGGAUCAAUCGAUCGAUGCAUGCACUUGAUACUCGGACUAUCCUUAGUUCCGUACGAAUUCCAGCUUCUUAUUGUGAGAAAGCUUCGAUGAAUUUUCGAGCAAUACGGAGGUCGAACUAAUUUUACAUGCAGGGCCAAUUGAUCAAUUACUGCACCAAUAAACGUGAUCUGUGAUCCUCUUGUAUAAAAAAUUAGAGACUGUAUAUAGACUUGUAAGUCAAUAAACUUGAGCCUUCACUUGAUUUCGCCC